AUGGAACGGCCUCCUUCAGAUGGCAAUGCGACGCAGUCCAACGGUACUGGUUCGGCGGAGAGUGCUGGCGGGGAAAUUCGCAAGGCGAAUGGAUACGCCCGCACUGAUGACUACGCGGAUUCCCCAGCAAAGAGGAUUAAGUUAGAUGGGCAGUUGGUGUCUGAUUCGCAAACAACCCUGACGAACAAAGUUGAGAGGAAGAAAGGCGUUGCGCCCAUAAAAAAAGAAUAUCUCAUUGAGAUCUCUCCUGGCACGACCCAGCUUCCCCCGGGGACUGUUCCGGAUGACGAUGCGGCCGAAGCCGCCAAACACCACGAACAAGCAAGUGAUACCAAAUCAAGGGCGAAGCGUGCGAAGAAAGGGGGGCAAAAUGUGAACCGCAAAUUUGGACGUUCUCAGGAUGAGAAGCAGCUUUGCCAAACCGUUGCCUAUCAUUCCGAAUUCUCGCCGGAUCCUUGUCCAUGGGGAACAUCAUGUAAAUUCGAGCACGACAUUCGGAAAUAUCUCAAGGAGUACAAACGGGCAGAUUUGGAUGCUUUUGGCGGCGUUUGUCCUGUAUGGGAGGCCAAAGGAAGAUGUCCUGCUGGUUGGAAGUGUCGGUUCGUCGGAUCUCACAUGACUGAAAGGGAAACGAAGGAUGGUAGAAAGGAAUUGGCUCUGGUUGAAGAUUUCACUCGAAUGAAAAAUCCGGCUUCGACGAACGGAAUUGGAAUUGAUGGAGCAGUUAACGUUGUUUCGACGGAGGAUAAACUUUCUCUUGCCAAGAGGAGAUAUAAAACACCCAAGGCUGAUUCCUUCACUUCUUGGCUUGAUAAGGUCUCCAAGGAAGUUGAAAAGAACCUGCACGGACGAAAUCAGGAUGAAGCAGCUCCAGAGCCUGAAAAACCAAAUGGCCGGGAUGCUUCCGAUCUAAGAGAUGAGAAGGAAGAGAACAGGGCACGAUAUACGGAACCUCCGUUUCUCCCUUCGGAAAAGAGACGAGUCUACUUUGGCCCGGAAACCCCUGUCCUGGCCCCGCUCACAACCCAAGGGAAUCUACCCUUCAGACGCCUCUGCGUUGACCUGGGCGCCCAACUCACCUACUCUGAAAUGGCCAUGAGCAUGAACUUAGUGCAGGGCUCAAAAUCCGAGUGGGCACUCAUGAAAGCGCAUGAAUCCGAGACAUUACCUCCAACCGUCAAUCCAAAUCAGACUAUAGUGAAAGACUACGACAAUUCUCGUGACCUUAAGUUUGGAGCUCAGAUCACAGGAAACAAGCCAUGGGUGGCUUUGAAAGCCACUGAGGCGCUGACGGCAUUGUGUCCACAGCUCCGUGUCAUCGACAUGAACUGCGGAUGUCCCAUCGAUAUGGUUUUCAGAGAAGGUUCUGGAUCGGCUCUUCUCGACCAUGCCUCGAAGUUAGAGAAAAUCCUAAGGGGUAUGAACGCCGUAUCCGGAGAGAUCCCCAUUACGGCGAAAAUCCGAAUGGGUACUAAAGAUUCAAAUCCUAACGCUACCAAAUUGAUUGAGAGGCUGGUCCUGGGUGGUGUCGAAUCUCACGAAAUCGGACAGGGACCCGCGGGCGUGGCUGCAAUCACUCUGCAUGGACGCAGUCGCCAGCAGAGAUACUCACGCCAGGCGGACUGGGGGUAUAUCGGCCAGUGCGCAGCACUAGUCAAACGACUCAACGAGCAAAUCAAUAGCGGAACAGAUACCGCCAAAGAAGCCGACGCACGAUACCAGUCAUCUGCGGGUAAAGUGUUCUUCCUCGGAAACGGUGACUGCUACUCGCACGGUGAUUACUUCAACGGAAUUCGGGAUUCGGGCGUUGACACGGUCAUGAUUGCGCGUGGCGCUCUGAUGAAACCCUGGAUUUUCGAAGAGAUCUCAAAGGGCCAGUAUCUCGACAAGUCAGCGACAGAACGGCUUGCGCUCGUGGAGAAGUUCGUGAAAUAUGGACUUGAAGCAUGGGGUUCCGAUGAGUAUGGUAUUGGUAACACGCGGCGAUUCUUGCUUGAGUACUUAUGUUUUACGCACCGGUAUAUACCCGUGGGACUGUUGGAGUAUCUCCCUCCCAGUAUCCAGGAUCGGCCACCCGCCUGGAAGGGUCGAAAUGAAUUGGAGACGCUGCUUGGAAGUGAUAAUUAUAAAGACUGGAUCAAGAUUUCAGAAAUGUUCCUGGGUCCAGCGCAUAAAGACUUCCAAUUCGAACCGAAGCAUAAGACAAAUAGCUAUGAAAUUGUUGCUGAGGGUUGA